AUGAGUGAUUGGAAUGCCUUACACCAGCUCCUAGAAAAGGUUCAACCCUACUCCACAGCUGGAGGAAAGGUAUGGAUCAAGGUCCUUUUCAUUUUCCGCAUCCUGCUCCUGGGCACUGCCAUCGAGUCAGCCUGGAGUGACGAGCAGUUUGAGUUCCAUUGCAACACUCAGCAGCCUGGCUGUGAGAAUGUCUGCUAUGACAGAGCCUUCCCAAUCUCUCACGUGCGCCUCUGGGUCCUGCAGGUCAUAUUCAUAUCUGUGCCUACACUCUUAUACCUGGCCCAUGUGUACUAUGUGAUUCGACAGAAUAAGAGUAUGAAGAAGCAAGAGGAGGAACAGGAAGUUGCUCGUUUUAACAGGGCCAGCGUGGAAAGGCACAGGCAGAAAAUGGCAGGAAAGGAGUUCAAGCGUGGCAGUGAAGAACGUAGUAAGGUGGAAAUGAGAGGCAGAUUGCUGCUUACCUACAUGGCCAGCAUCUUCUUCAAGUCUGUCUUCGAGAUGGCCUUCCUCCUGAUCCAGUGGUCCAUUUAUGGAUUUACUCUGAGUGCCGUUUACAUCUGUGAGCAAGCUCCUUGCCCACAUCGGGUGGACUGCUUCCUCUCUCGCCCCACAGAAAAAACCAUCUUCAUCCUCUUCAUGUUGGUGGUGUCAGUGGUGUCUUUUGUCUUGAAUGUCGUUGAGCUGUUCUACGUCUUAUUUAAGACUGUUAAGAAUCAUAUGAGAAAGGAGGAGGAGAAGGAAGAGGAGGAGGAGGAGGAAGAGGAUGAGGAAGAAGAGGCUUACUGUGAUCCAGUUGAGCUACAAAGCUCUUCCCAUGUCUCUUCAUCCACUGUUCUCACCACCAUAUCUUCUAGUGAUCAGGUGGUUCUGGUGGGGCUUUCUUCAGCCUAAAGGGAACAGAACCAUGUCAGUUAUAGUGCAUGGUCAAAGUGGGGAGGACAGGCAGGAAGUA